AUGGAGGGGGCGGCACAGACCGUUUUGAGCGAUGUUGUGCAGCUGGUUGGCCAGGAGUUCCGUCAGCUCCGUGCCGUCCGCGGCGAGGUCACGGAGCUGAGGGACGAGCUGGCCACCAUGAACACCCUCCUGCGCAUGCAGUCUGAAGCCGACGCAAGUGGCUUGAGCCACUUCGUCCGAGAGUGGAUGAAGCAAAUCCGGGAGCUCGCCUACGACGCCGAGGACUGCGUCGACCUCUACCUAUUCCGCAUCAGCUGCCCCACGGGCGAUGGCGGGUGGUACAUCUGGUUCAAGACCAAGCGCCUCCUUGCAACGCUUUUCCCUCGCUAUCGCCUCGCCGGUGACAUCAAGUCCCUCCGUGAACGCGCCGUCGUCAUCAGCGAGCGCCAUGCUCGUUACGGUGUCAGCCUCGAGUUGCUGGGCCGCACUGCUUCUUCGGACCUUGUCCCUCAGGCAGCAGCGGCGUCAGCACGUGCGCUCCGCCCUGACAACGACCCCAACCAGUGGGUUGGCAUCACGGCUCAGGUUGAUGAACUGGCCAACAAGGUGAAGGAAGACGAGGGUGAGAACGGCAAAAUGCUCAAGGUGGUCUCCAUCGUGGGCUUCGGAGGGCUCGGGAAGACCACGCUGGCCAUGGAGGUGUGCCGGCAGCUGGGGAGGGAGUUCCUACACCAGGCGAAAGUGUCUGUGUCGCAGACGUUCGGCAGCAAGGACCUCGUGGGAUUGCUGAAGCGCGUGCUUCAGCAGAUGCUGCACCUGAAGUCCGAUGCAGAGCAAAAAGCACUCCGUGAUAAAAUUGACAGCAUGGACGUACGUGACCUAGAACUCCAGCUCGGAAAGGAUCUGCAGAACAACAGAUACCUCAUUUUGAUAGAUGAUGUAUGGAGCACAUCAGCCUGGGAUGCAAUUCGAACCAAGUUACCAAGCAACAACAUGGGCAGCAGAAUCAUCGUGACCACUCGGGAUGAUAAUGUGGCCAAAGAAUGCAGUAGAGCUUGUAAUGAUUACAUCCAUCAUAUGAAGAAACUAGAUGAGAAAGAGGCCAGUGAGUUGUUCCUGAGAAGAACAUUUGGGUCAGUGAGUGAAGACUCUUGCCCAAAGGAUUUAAAAGAUGAUAUGGAAACCAUCUUAAAAAAAUGUGGUGGGCUGCCAUUAGCCAUUGUUAACAUUGCAAGCCUUUUGUCAAGCUAUAACAAUUCAGAAAGGAAGAAGAUGUGGGAAAUAGUUGCCAGAUCAAUUGGUUCACAGAUGGAGAGCAACCCAACCCUUGAGGGUAUGAGGCAGAUACUCACACUUAGCUAUGACCACCUACCCCAUCACCUCAAGGCUUGCAUGAUGUAUCUUUGCAUUUUCCCAGAGGAUUAUGUGAUUUGCAAGUAUCGGCUGUUGAAGCGAUGGAUCGCUGAAGGGCUGAUUCCCAAGAGGCGAGGGAUGACCCAGAUGGAGCUUGCGGAAGAAUGCUUCAGUGAGUUGAUGAGUAGAAGCAUGAUUGAUCAGGCCACUGAUAUUAUCACCAUGUACCAAUGGAGGGAAGAGACAUGUCGAGUGCAUGACAUAAUGUUGGAGGUCAUGGUGUCCAAAUCCCUAGAGUCUAACUUUGUAAGCCUAGUAGGUGGGCAAUAUGAAGGGAUGUCAUAUGAUAGGAUUCGUCGUCUUACCAUACAUGGCGGAGUAGAGGCAGCCCAGGAGUCAUCAUCAAAGAAAAGGGCACCGCACCGUGGUACAAGGAAUGGCAUAAAGGGGAUGACUAUGCAGCAUGUCCGAUCACUGAGCAUAUUUGACACUGAAGCGCCCAAGGUGCUUGCUCGGCUAGGAGAGUUUACCUUGCUAAGGGUACUUGACCUGGAAAACUGCACAGGCCUAGAAGAAGAGUACAUGAAGCAUAUCUGCCGGAUGUACCUUUUAAAGUUUUUGAGCCUGAAGGGUACAGAUAUCAAGGAGAUGCCAUCGAGAAUUGGUGAUCUCGAGCAUUUGCAAACUCUUGAUGUUCGUCAAACAAACUUGAAGGGUCUGCCAGAAACAGUCACAAAGCUAGAGAAGUUGGAGGACUUGCUGUUCUCCAGCAAACACAAUAAUUGGCAUGGGUGGAUGCUGCCCCCAGGGAUCAAGAAAAUGAAGGCACUACGCCACCUGAAUAAAGUGGUUGUGGUAUCCAACCAGAAGGCCGCUGAAGAGAUUGGUGACUUAGAUCAGUUGCAAGAGUUAUGUGUCUACGUCGACUCAAAACAGGGGAUCCAUCAGAAUGUUCUCGAAGAGCUUGCUUGUUCCCUGAGCAAGAUAGACUCCCUCCUGUCGCUCGACAUUGGCAAUUUUGCUUGCCAUAUAUGGCCUUUCCAACAGACAUUGCAGUUCCUGCAUAUAGUAAAGUCACCACCACAGCUGCUCCGUUACCUUAGGAUCUGUGGCAUCAUUAACAGAUUGCCAGAAUGGGUGGGGAAACUCAGGAAUCUUAUUGAUUUGGACAUAGCGUGGACAUACCUUGGUGGUUACGAUCUAUUUGAUGUUCUGUGUAAGUUGCCCAACUUGCAGAGGCUGAACCUGGGGACAUACUUCUGGAAUGGAGAAGUGAUGACCAUAGGCAGUAACCAGUCCUUACCAGAGCUCAAGGAACUUGUUCUGGACUAUGCUCCUGAAGAACCCAAAUACUAUAUAUUUGAGGAAGGAUCAAUGCCAAAUCUGGAAACACUUGUGCUGAAUUACGGUGACCAGUGGAAGAGAACUGUGGGUAUUGAGCACUUGACAAAGCUUAAAGAGGUGCAGAUCAGUUGUAUCAAAGAAGGUGCACUGACUGAGACACUAGAGUUUCUGAAGGUGGAGAAUGAGAAGCGACGCGAUUCUAAGCGCGAACAAAUCAGAGUUGUAGUAAGGUAG